AUGGCACGUCCCAAGGGAAGCAGCGGCCAGGCUGCCGGCGCAACAAACGGUAACCGAGAUAUUAGGAGUUUCUUCGGUGCGAGACCAGCUGUCAAGAAGACACAAAACACCUUGACUUCGUCACAAGAGACCGGGGCCACCGGUGCUUCUUCUGCAUUCCCGGCCUCGUCCCCAGGCGCUGAACUUCCGCCGACCGCAUUAUCCAGCACUCAAGUUCGAGAUGUGAAGCAGGCGCCAUCGCCAAGGCAGACGCAAGGCAAACGCAAACGGGCGUCCAUGGUCCAGGACGAGAAUUCGAAGCCGCCAGCUGAUCACUCGGGCGAUUCAAUCACGGUCAGCAUGUCACCGCCCCAGCCUGCUCCAAAAGCGUCAGCAGCAGCCAGUCUUCACACUUCGACUUCGUUAUCUGAAAUUCGCACCACAUCCUCGCUCUUCUCACCCCAGAAGUCCUCGCUUCGCACACCCGGACGUAGGAGUUCGGGAACAAAGGACUCGAAUAUGCCGCCCUCCGGACGGGCCACUGGCUCGGCGCGGAAGGUCCGGUUCAGUUCUGCGCCCUCCACGCCAGGUCAGUCUUCUGACGUUGAGGCGACGACACCAAAACGACUAUUAUUUUCGGGAAGCAAAAAGCCUACAAGCGUGAGCCCACCUGAGGCACUUGCUGCCGACCUACCUUCGUUAUCAUCUUUGAAGAGGAACGACCUGCUCGGCACGCCCAGACGCGGCCAGACAGGACAGGCGGCAGGCAACGACACUCCUAGCAGCCUCCCAUCGUUGCCUGACCUUCCCAGCUCUCCAAGUGAGCCAGUUUCCCCGUCGACAGCAAGAAAGCGUACUGCCCUGGACAGGGACGCAGUGAUCAAGGGCUCAGAUGAUGAGGAUGACGAUGACUCGUUCUCGGACUGUUCUCUGCCAGAUCUCGACAUGUUGGGCCCGAGGAAACCAGGGGCAGAUCCAUGCGGCACGCCGCGCGCCAAAAGGAGGGCGAUUAUGGUUCACAAGUCGCCUUUGACAAUUCAGCCGAAGCAUAAGUUUGACUUCAAGACGUUGGAUGCACACUCAAGAAGACACGACGUCAAGUUCGACAGCCCCAAGCGGUCGCCAAAGGUUGAGGUCAAGGACGAGAUCAUGGUGGACGCGAGCCCUAGCAGGUCUCGCCAGAAGCUGAUUGAGAUCGCCGGCGUCAAGACCGAGGAAGACGCAGACAAAGCGAUGAAGGCGAUGGAGCGAACCAACACAUCGGGCUCCAAGACCAGAUGGCACUUCUUCAAGGAGGUUGAUGCUCAGACUCCUCUGCCCUUCCCAAAAAAGAGCGCCAAGGGGUCCUGGUCGUUCCUCGAAAAGGCAGGAACACGAGAUCGACACAUCAUGUCUGGGAUGCCUACCAGUCUGGCGGCGUCUAUCGGCCUUCCUGAUCAGCUCUACCUCUGGGUUCUGAACAUGGUGAAUGUCGAAAAGGUUGGCGUCCUGAGAGAGGAAUACUGCAGGCUUGCCGCUGCCAACAAGAAACAAGUUAGACGUCUAAUCACGCCUAAACAAUUGUCAGAGGUUUUUCGUCAACUGGGUGCUGCGGAUCAUAUAGGAGAUGAAACGCUGCAGCCAGUUCGCGAAAUUCGAGACAUUUACGAAGAGCGAGAUUGGAAACCUCUCCAGUCAUGCCUGGAGUGGCUUCAUAAUAUAGCUCGAUAUCUUCGGCAUGAUACCAUCGCGUACGCAGUCAAUAUGCUUCUACGUAUGGCGGCUGAUAAGAUGGUCAUCGAGAACCCGGACGUGCUGAUGGCACAUCAACUUGCCUUGGCCGAACUGGUGGACAAGGUUCAAGAUGGCGUCUGGAACGAAUUCUGCACUGAGAUUUGCUCAAGUCUCUAUCAUGGAUUUGACAAGGCUUCACUGCGGAUUCUCCCGCUCACAUGCAUGCCGGUCACCUCGUCAAAGCUACAUGAGCUUCGAAGACGCUUGGCUGUCUCGUUCUUCCUCCGGGACGCCGCGCUUGCCGACCAGCACCCAGACACUACCAUGUCCCUCCGCCUCGUCAUCGCCCGGGUCAAGGACAGCGAUUUCCAACUCAGCCGCAAGACCGACUACGCCGACCUCAAGGCGCAGGUCUUGCUCCUGGACAUGGCGGUGGACGACGGCUCCUUCACUUCGAACAAGGAUGACCGAGAACAUGAGAAGAACUUCAACGCCGAGAUAGAUGACCUGGCUCAGCGUCUUAAAGCUAUUUGGCGCGGCAUCAAUGACACGGGCGCGGCUAACUUGACUCGUACGGAGGCGAAGAGCGUACUUGAAUGGGUCGGACAACGCCUGUCAUACUCUGUUCGCACUAGGCCCCCACCAACACAGAGCAUCUUUGGGGAUCAGGGGCCAUCUUCAGCCAAGAAGAGGAGACAGCAAGACUUUAUGAAGAAGUUUGUGCACGGUCGUAAGAACAAAGAGGUCACGAAAGAAGAAUCUUCGGACGCCGACGAGACGUUCGUGAGUGCAUUAGGGUAA